GUAAAUAUAAUUACAGAUGAAAUUUACUCAAACUUGAUGAAAAGUGAAAGUGUUUUUUAAAAAAAAAAACGGAAAAAAGACUACAAGUACCUGAUAACCAUAAAGGCGUUAUAUACUUGAGACGGGAAUUUCGCUAAUAGCGUAAAAUUUUUUUUGUAUUGCGACAUUAAAAACGUAAAACGUGAAACGUGAAACGCGAAACGCGAAAUGUCUUAUGUCAGUAGUUGGGAUAAAUUUAAACUGCUCUUAUGGAAGAAUUGGAUACUGCAGUGGAAUCAAAAAUGUCAAUUAGCUCUGGAAUUAUUGUUGCCCGCUUUAUUUUCAUCAUUAAUGGUGUUAAUACGUACCCUCGUAGUUGCCGAACCGAAAUCAACCGUCGAUUAUCCGCUGUUGAAUAUAAGUAAUUUGGAUUUAUUCAAAGCAGCUGUAGUUCAUGGCUAUAGAAAGCGUUUUUUCUUAGGGAACUCUAAGAAAAGUAAUAAUUUGGAAAUGCUACAUUUGGCCCCAGUGCAAAUGAAACUCUUGUAUUCACCUAUAAAUCCAAUCUUAAAUAAUAUUGUUCAAGAAGCUGCUAAUUCAUUAGAUUUAGAUGGCUUUGAAGGUUUUCCGGACAGCGUAGCGAUGGAAAUGGCGUUACUUGAUAAUAACGUAUUAGCUGGAAUACAAUUUAGCGAAUUGUGGUCAAAUAUAGAUUCAUAUCCGGAAAAAUUUUCUUAUUCGAUAAGAUUCCCAAGUGAAUUAAGAACUUCGGUCAGUAAUCGAGAGCAAACUUGGCUAACAAUGAAAUUAUUUUUACCCUUUGAUAUUACUGGGCCAAGAAAUAUCAACGCAACGGAUGGUGGCUUGCCAGUGGGUUAUCUACGAGAAGGUUUUCUGCCCGUACAGCAUGCCAUCUCUAUGGCUUAUAUGAAAUUGCUGACUGAUCGAGACGAUAUACCCGAAGUUUAUAUGCAACGCUAUCCGUAUCCUGAAUAUAUAUUUGAUCCACUAUUGCAAGGUUUAGCUGCGAUGAUGCCGUUCAUUAUAUUGCUGAGUUUUAUCUAUCCAUGGACAUCUAUAGUAAAGUAUGUAACCGCGGAAAAGGAGAAACAAUUGAAAGAAGUUAUGAAAAUAAUGGGUUUGGAUAGUUGGAUACAUUGGACGGCAUGGUUUGUAAAAUGUUUUAUAACAUUGGGCAUAUCAGCCACUUCCAUAGUUAUAUUAAUGAAGGUUGAAUGGAGUGAUGACGUGGCAGUAUUAACUUAUACGGAUUGGUCCGUUUUAUUGAUAUUUAUGUGGAUUUAUGUUAUAGCCAGUAUAUGUUUCUGUUUUAUGUUAGCGACGAUGUUCUCGCGUGCUAGUACAGCGGCUGCUGUAACCGGUUUGGUCUGCUUUAUUGCUUAUCUGCCGUUUUCUUUUAUGGAUAGGGAUUAUAACGACCUCAGCUUGGGUACUAAACUAGGCUGGUCUUUAAUUUCUAAUACGGCUAUGGGUUUCGGUUUUAAAUUAAUAAUGGGUCACGAAGGCAACGGUGAAGGCCUGCAAUGGAGUAAUCUUUUUGAACCGAUCAACGUCGAUGAUGAUUUCACUGUCGGUUAUAUUAUGUUAAUGAUGUUGCUCUCUUCUGUCAUUUAUAUGCUGAUAUGUCUGUAUGUGGAACAGAUUUUUCCUGGUAAUUUUGGGGUACCAAAAAAAUGGAAUUUCCCUAUCACUGCGCUAUGUUGGUGGAGGGAAAAAGAUUAUGUCGGUGCUGAAGCUAUGCCAAAUUGUGUUCAUAUUCCACGCAAGAAUCCAGAAGCCUUUGAAUUGGAGCCAUCGGGCAAACAUGUGGGCAUAGAAGUGAAAAACCUUAAAAAGGUAUUUGGUCCGAAGUUGGCUGUGAAUGGUUUGUCGGUGAAUAUGUAUGAAGAUGAUAUUACUGUACUUCUUGGACAUAAUGGGGCUGGAAAAACCACUACCAUUUCAAUGUUGACUGGUAUGCUUCCACCAUCUUCGGGUACGGCUAUUAUUAACGGCAGUGAUAUUACAACGGAUCUUGAUGGUGCUCGUAUGUCUUUGGGUGUGUGCCCUCAGCACAAUGUACUAUUCGACAAUUUAACAGUUGCCGACCAUUUAAAGUUUUUUAGUCGUCUCAAAGGCUUAAAGGACGAUGCCGUCGAAAAAGAAGUGAACAAAUAUCUUAAAAUAAUUGAAUUAGAGGAUAAGAGAAACGUAGCAUCGAAAAAGUUAUCAGGUGGUAUGAAACGUAAACUAUCAGUAUGUUGUGCACUUUGCGGUGAUACUAAAGUCGUUUUAUGUGACGAACCUAGCUCGGGCAUGGAUCCAGGCGCCCGCCGACAAUUAUGGAAUUUAUUGCAGGCUGAAAAGGCUGGACGGACUAUCCUUCUAACCACACAUUUCAUGGAUGAGGCUGACGUUUUAGGAGAUCGUAUUGCUAUCAUGUGUGACGGUGAACUUAAAUGUUGCGGAACACCGUUCUUCCUGAAAAAAAAAUAUGGUUCCGGUUAUAAAUUGAUAUGUGUUAAACGAGAUGACUGUAAUGUAAACGAGGUCACUGCUUUAUUACGUAAAUAUGUUCCCAAUUUGGAGAUAGAGACCGACAUAGGCGCUGAGUUAUCCUAUCAAUUACCCGAUAGCUAUUCAAAUUUGUUCGAGGAAAUGUUCAGGGAUUUGGAGGAGAACUCUGAAGGAUUACAAUUAAAUGGUUAUGGCAUUGGUAUAACAUCUUUGGAGGAAGUUUUCAUGAAAGUGGGCGCUGAAAAAGCGUCAGAUGAUAAAUCGAUAGAUCAUGAUGACGACGAUAAAAAAUUUGCAAACAGUAAUAAUAAUUUUACUACAAGAACAACACGUCUACUUGGUGGCUUGAAAUUGUGGGAGAAUCAAUGGCACGCAAUGCUGUUGAAGAAAUUUCUUUACACUUAUCGCAAUAAAUUAAUGUUUUUCAUACAGAAUGCGAUGGCGAUUUUUUUCGUGGUAGUUACGAUCUUAAUAACUCGCACUCAAGGCACCUUUCGUCAAUUGCAACCAAUGACAGUUUCUUUAACCCAAUAUCCAACGGCAGUAACAGUCCUAGAGCGUUCAUCAGAUAUAAUUUCGAAUUCAUUGAAUGCCAAAAUUGCAGAUCAUUAUAAGGAAAUUGCUACAUCAUAUGGCGAAGAUUACACAUUCGAGUCUACAAAUGAGAAAAGUUUUCGGGAUUAUAUACUAGAAUUGGGGAGUAAAGCUCAAGUGCGUAUUAAUGCUCGUUACUUGGCUGCAGCUUCGGUGAGCUCUAACAAUAUAAUAGCUUGGUUGAAUAAUCAGCCAUUGCAUACGGCGCCUCUCACUGUCAAUUUAGUGCAUAAUGCGAUGGUUAAGGCUCUAAAAGGUGAAGCGUACGCGAUAGAAGUAACAAAUGCUCCUUUGCCAUAUUCUACACAAACUGUUCUAUCUCAACUUAAUACGGGAAACAAUUUAGGAACUCAGCUGUCAACUAAUUUGUGUUUCUGUUUUUGCUUCAUAAGUGCCUUAUAUAUUUUAUUCCUGAUUAAAGAACGCGAAACACGUUCGAAAUUAUUGCAACUUGUUGGCGGCGUUAAUGUGUGGACAUUUUGGUUAUCGCAACUGUUAUGGGAUUUAUUCACAUUCAUUAUCACUGCUCUUAUUGUAAUUAUCGCAAUGUCCAUCUUCCAGGAAGAUGGCUAUUCAACGUUUAAUGAAUUAAUGCGUUACUUCUCCGUCUUAAUAUUGUUUGGCUUUUCCGUGCUUCCAUUCACUUAUUUACUCUCAUUCCUCUUUAAGGAGCCGGCCAACGGUUUUGCAUAUGUUUCCAGCAUUAAUGUUCUUGUUGGAUUGGCUUUAUUCCUCGUAGUGCUGGUGAUGUCUUUUGAAAUUUUCGAUACGAAAGAUACGGCGGAAAUUUUGGGCUGGAUAUUCCGUAUUUUCCCACAUUUCUGUUUAGCGAUGGGUCUAAAUAAAUUGUAUAUGAACGGAGCCACAAGGGAGACGUGCAGUAAUCGUGUUAUUGAUAUGUUGCCAGAUGCCUUAAGAUGUCAAUUUGUACCGAGAUGUUGUGAAAGCGUAUCAUAUUAUGAUUGGAACGAACCUGGUAUUUUGCCGGAAGUUGUUUAUCUGUUAAUAACUGGAGUCGUAUUCCUUUUAAUUGUUAUUGCCGUUGACUAUGGCUUCAUAAAUGAAUUGAUUUAUCGAAUACAAUCGAGAAAUUUACAGCCUUCGCCACCCGAAGACGAUUCCGAUCCUGUUGACGAUGAUGUUAAACGCGAGAAACAAUAUAUUGAGAAAAUGUCGUUAAACGAAUUGAGAAUUCAAAAUUUAGUCGUGGAUCGAGUUACCAAAUAUUACAAAAAAUUUUUGGCUGUUAAUCAAUUGUCCAUAUGCGUGAAACCAGAGGAAUGCUUUGGUUUAUUAGGUAUAAAUGGUGCCGGUAAGACCACCACCUUUAAAAUGUUAACUGGUGACGAGCGCAUCUCUCACGGUACAGCUUAUAUUCGUGGUAUGAAUUUAUCUAUCGAAAAGAGUAAAAUUUAUAAGGAAAUUGGUUAUUGUCCACAAUUCGACGCUUUAUUGGACGAUUUAACUGGUCGGGAAACUUUGAAAAUAUUUUGCCUAAUUAGAGGCAUAAGAAAGGAAAACAUUGAUGAAUUAUCGGAAGAGUUGGCUAAGUCGUUUGGUUUUAUGAAGCAUUUAGAUAAAGAGACUAGAGCUUAUAGCGGUGGUAAUAAACGUAAAUUGAGUGCAGCUAUCGCUGUAAUUGGUAGUCCUUCGGUCAUCUACUUAGAUGAGCCAACAAGUGGAAUAGAUCCGGCUGCUCGUAGACAAUUAUGGAAUAUGGUAUGCCGGAUACGGGAUUCGGGCAAAUCAAUUAUUUUAACUUCGCAUAAUAUGGAAGAAUGUGAAGCCCUUUGCACCCGUUUGGCGAUUAUGGUAAAUGGCAAACUGAAAUGUAUUGGAUCUACGCAACAUUUGAAAAAUAAAUUCUCCAAAGGUCUAAUACUAAAAAUAAAAGUCAAAAGCAGUAUAGUUUUAGGAUCCGCUAGCAGCAGGAUGUCUUUGCUAAGAAGUACAUCAGUAUCACUUUCUGUACCUGAACAAGAAGCAAGAUAUGUUAAACAAUUUGUCGAAGUGGAAUUUCCUCAAGCUGUAUUAAAAGAGGAAUAUCAGGGUAUUCUUACAUUCUACAUUCCCUUAUCGAGCAUUAAAUGGUCGCAGAUAUUCGGCCUAAUGGAACGUAAUCGAGAUCAGCUUAAUAUUGAGGAUUAUUCGAUUAGCCAAACCACCCUGGAAGAAAUUUUCCUUGAUUUUGCCAAACAUCAACGUGAAGAUGCUCGGGUUGUUAAUUAAUUAAUACAAUAACUGUGAACUGUAAAUGAAACUAUGCGCCUUACUAUUUAUUUAUCUACAGCAUAGUAGUU